GCCUGUGGCUGCUGUUAUUAUUAUUGUGGCGGGCGAGUCGGGGAGUCCUAGCGGUGGCGUCCAUGGCGGCCGGGCAAGGCGGAGGCACCACGGCCGGUGGGGGCGGCGAGGGUCCCGGUGGGCCGGCUCCUGUCCCCGGCCCAGGCCUGGUCCCCCCCAGCACCGCCUCCUCCGCCUCCUCGGAGCCGGGCUCAGGAUUCUUUGGCCUGGGCCUGCCGGCUCACCUGACCCUCUCGUAUCCUGGCACGGGCCCGGCCUGGGGCGCGGCAGGCGGCUACUCCGGCUGUGGGGUCGGCGCCUCGCCGCCCCUUUCUUCAGCCGCCGCGUCCUCGUCGGGCGGAGCCGUCUCGUCGUCCCCUCACACCGGCCGUAGCCUUGACAAGGCCCUGGAGGAGGCCAGCAGCUCCGGCAUCCUCUGCCUCAGCGGUCGGAAGCUGCGCGAGUUCCCUGCCGCCACCAGCUCCGCCAACGGCAGCUACGACCUCAGCGACACCACGCAAGCCGACCUUUCCAAGAACAGAUUUGCUGAAAUUCCUCCUGAUGUGUGGCAGUUUGCACCACUUGAGACAUUGAACUUGUAUCACAACUGCAUCAAAUCGAUCCCUGAAGCAAUUAAAAAUCUGCAGAUGCUAACAUAUCUGAAUAUCAGUCGAAAUCUUUUAUCAACUUUGCCAAAACACCUGUUUGAUCUGCCACUUAAGGUUUUAGUUGUCAGCAAUAAUAAGCUUGUGUCCAUUCCUGAAGAAAUUGGGAAAUUGCGAGACUUAAUGGAAUUGGAUAUUAGUUGCAAUGAAAUCCAGGUCCUUCCACAACAAAUAGGAAAACUACAGUCACUUAGAGAAUUAAAUUUAAGAAGAAAUAACCUUCAUAUACUACCUGAUGAAUUAGGAGAUCUUCCUUUGGUAAAACUGGACUUUUCUUGUAAUAAAAUCACAGAGAUACCAGUCUGUUACAGGAAACUGCGUCAUCUGCAAGUAAUAAUUUUGGAUAAUAAUCCAAUGCAGAUACCACCAGCACAGGUAUGCUUAAAGGGCAAAGUACAUAUAUUUAAAUUCCUCAGCAUUCAAGCAUGCCUCAGAAUAGAUAAAAAGCCAGACUCUUUGGAUUUGCCAUCUCUAGGUAAAAGAAUCCCUUCUCAGCCCCUCACAGACAGUAUGGAAGAUUUUUAUCCAAAUAAAAACCACGGCCCAGACUCUGGAAUUGGUAGUGAUAAUGGGGAUAAAAGAUUAUCCACUACAGAACCAUCCGAUGACGACACAAUCAGCCUUCACUCUCAGGUAUCGGAAUCGACCAGGGAGCAGACGCUCAGAAAUGACAAUCAGUUGCUAGGAAAUAAACCUGAAUUGCAAAAAGACCCAGAUGUGUGUGAUUACCUUGACCCCAGCUCUGAGGAUGUGGCUUCUUGUGACCAAGGAGGUAUACAAACUGGACCAGCGGUCUGUUACAUUAAGGAGCGUGUAAAGCAGGCUGAGAAGCCAAAAAAACCAGAACGGAAUGAAGAUUGGGGGGAUGAAAAAAGGAGUCAGAAAGAACAGCUGUUGGCAGAGGAAGAUGAUGAACUGAAGGAAGUGACCGACCUAAGGAAAAUAGCUGCCCAGCUGCUGCAGCAGGAACAGAAGAACAGACGGAGGCCUUUAAGCUAUAGAACUUCAUUCAGUGAAAAGCUCUUCCAGAGGACAAGGGCUGCAGGACGUGCAUCAAGACUUCUGAAUCAUUCUUCCUCUGUAAGCACAAGAAACAGACCAAAACAGACUGCGGAAUCUGAAAAAAGCCUUUCAGCAGAUGAAGCAAAUUCUCCAUCAUCCCCCUACAGCUGGCAGUCACUGGAAUAUCAGAAGGACCAGUCAGAUGAGCACCACUGGCCAGAAACACAGCCAGUUAUCUGGCAGAAUGAGGAGAGGAGACGGAGCAAGCAGAUCAGAAGAGAAUAUUUCAAGUAUAAGUCUUCCCGGAAGAGUUCAAGCGGAAAUGAAAAUGAUGAGCAAGACAGUGAUAAUACUAAUGUGUCCCCACAGUCUCCUGUGUCAUCCGAGGAUUAUGACAGGGCAGAUGGUAAUUCUCAUGGCCCCUUUGGAUUGAAGCCCAGAUCAGCUUUUAGCCGUUCUCGUCAGGACUACAGCACCGUAGACCCUGGAUUCACAAUGAGAAGGAAAAUGGAACACCUGCGAGAAGAGAGAGAGCAAAUAAAACAGCUACGCAAUAAUCUUGAGUCACGUUUGAAAGUCAUUUUGCCCGAUGACAUUGGAGCAGCACUGAUGGAUGGCGUGGUCCUGUGCCAUUUAGCCAAUCAUAUAAGACCACGCUCUGUUGCCAGUAUUCACGUCCCAUCACCAGCUGUGCCUAAACUCAGUAUGGCGAAGUGCCGAAGAAAUGUUGAAAAUUUCCUUGAUGCUUGCAAAAAACUGGGCGUCCCACAGGAGAGACUUUGCUUGCCUCAUCAUAUUUUGGAAGAACGCGGUCUUGUGAAAGUUGGACUCACAGUUCAAGCUCUUCUGGAAAUACCUUCAUCUAAAGCGCCUCAGCUUUCCUGUCUGUAAGAGGACUCUUGGAAAACAAAUGUUGCCAUAAUGUGGUUGCAAUGGAUUGAUGCCAACCAGUCCAGCUUCCUCUGGAGGAACACCUUAAGCCAUCAAAAAAAUUUUCAGGCCAGAUGGUUUAGAUAGAGCCUUAUUUUUGGACCUCUUUGUAGAAUCCUGAUGUCAAACUGACAGUGACCCAGCUUAGUAAAGAAUUGUACUGCUUGUUUGUUGAACUUGGAGCCAUCAGAUUUUGAGAUCUUCAGUCUCUUGCCAGGUCUUAAUUCUCCCAUUAGCACUUCAUGAUGUUGUUUUUUCCCCCCCUUAAAUGAAAAAGCAACCUGGGAUUCUAUUAUGCUGCACUGCUAUAGGCUCUUAGAGUUGCAGCACAUAUUGUAGGAGACCAGAGGGAAUGCAUGGGCAGGGAAUCCAGCCCAGUUGUUGGGUCUCUGUGAUCACAGAUUCAUUCCUUAUAACAUGCAUUAGUCUCCUGUGCCAGGUUGUCUGCGCACUGCAGGUCCAGGCUAAAAAUGUAAUAUGAAAAGUAGCUCUCAAAUGACUGCUGCUAUGUGGUUGGUGAAAAUCUGGAUGAUCAUUCACAUUGUCCAUUUUUACCAUAUUCCAAAAUAUUUGUCCUUCAUUUCUUGCACUUCUUAUUGUUGUACCAUCCCCAAAAGUUUAGUUGGUGUAUGAUGAUAACAAAAAUAGUAUACAGUAUAAAGGAAAAGGUGUGUGGGUUUUUUCAGUAUUCUAGGUUGGUGCCAAAUUUUUUUUCAGUUGUACUGUAGAUUGUUUACAUGUGAAGUGCCUGUGUAUUUGAUAACUUCUACUAGUCUUAAACAUUUUUGCAAUUCUUUUUAUGUCUCAAUAGAUGCAAUGCAUAUUUUUAAAUAUUAGGUUUUUUUGUAAGGUUGGUAAUAAGUGAAGUUUAAAAGACUAACAUCUGAGUGUUGGAUGUUCUUAAGUUUGCACAGUUUGACUUUAUUAAGUUUGCUUUUUUUAAAAAAAAUGUAAAUACACUUUUAUUUAUCCUAUUUAAUUUGAUACUUAAUCACUUUUUAAUGUAUUGUUAGACAAACAGAUGUCACUUUUUAAAUUAUUUUCCUUGUCUGGGACAAACAAUGGCGUAUAGAGUGAGUAAAAUAAGUUGUGUGGAAGCUUACAAGUUUGGGGGUAAAACUGCCAAAAAAAUUUCUCAGGUUUAUAUUGUGACUGUUGGGGUUUCACAUCUUGCCCCUGACUUCACGUUUUUGUUCUUUUUAAAAUAAGAGGAUAUGCCAUAAAGUGAUGAAAUGGAAGCCAGGCAUAGUUCAGUUUUUGCAGUGUCUACUGAACCACUGUAAAUUUUGCUUGUUUAGGACCCUGAGCAGUUUCUCCUGCACUGGAUGUCAUCAUCCCAUGUUGCAAAUCGGUGUUUCUAGCACCCUUUGCAACACAUCAAUUUUGCAUUUGUAUUUCCCACCAUUUAAAAGCUCUAAUACUGGACUAUCGGCAAUCUUUGUGGGGGACUAAGACAGUCAUUCUCCACAAUGGCUGUCCUUGCAGACUUAAAAAGUUCUUGAGUUACCUUCCUGUGUGGAAACAGUGGAUCACAAAUUGCUGAAUUAACCUUUUAGUUUAUUUUGUAGACAUUUACUCAGAUUAAAAGGGGAACAAGGUUUUUUUAUAUUUUUGCAGUUUGCCUGUCUAGUUAGAGUAAGCUCCAGCUCUCCUUGCCCAGAUGAUGUGGAAAAAUAUUCUUCCUAUUUAGUUUCUGCUACUGGAAGAAUUUGCAUUCCUGUUGGCUGUGGCAGUGUAUAGUUGUGCAAACUGAACCCAGUGACAGUAGACUGGUUUGAGGGCUGCCCUUUGCGUGAGAUGUGUGAAAUAUGGGUGCUUUGCUCGAUGUGUGCCAAGUAAACCUCAGCAACUCUUGCUCAGGUUAAUAGCUUGAUGUGAAUGUGAGGCAGGUUUUGUAGAUGGCCUCCUUUGGCCAAUGAAAAAGCACAGCAAACUGCAUAUCAAAAAGCUUUUAAAGAAGUGAAUUAUUUUAGAUGAUACCUCAUACAUUCCUACUUUUGCUCAUUAAUUUUGUAUUACUAUAAGUAUUGUCUUUUUGAAAAUUUAUUUGGGUUUAUAGCAGAAGAAACAAAAGUUAAGGAUUACUGUUGUGUGGAUUGUGCCCUGAUCCAAGUUGGCAGCAGGGUCUGUUGGCCUGUUCCUUCUCUUCUCCCCAGCCCUUCUGGCUACUCCUUCAAGACAAAUGCCACUUCAGAACAGCUACUAUAGUUUACUGUAAAUGGCUGAAGAGUGGAGGCUGGGUGGGUGAGCAGCCAGGAGUUGGGGUGAGAACUUGGUGUGUGCCCUUCGGUUUGAACUCAAACCCUGUGGUGUUGUAGGAUUUGUAUCAUUUUGAAGAACAAUCACCCAUGGCUUUUUUCAUACUGUUAUUCCUCCUCUACAAAAGAGGCUGGGCAUGCAGCUUUGCUCUCUGUGGACUUGUGGAAAUAAUUAUACAGGUUAUGCAGGAAGAAAAGUUCAUCUUCCCCACCCCCACAUUCCUUUUUUCUUUGCUUCCUAAACCAAGCAAUAUAGCUAAGCUUGUUCUCCCUAAAAGCUUCUGCAGAUUGUUUUUAGAAGUCAUCCUUGCCAAAGCAUGGUAUUCUUUUGGGGUUCAGAAGAAUGGAAUGUGGUGCAGGCUCCCAAUGAAGGUGUGGCCUUUUCUUGCUAACAAUCUCAUUCCUCAUAAAGCCAUCCUUCCCAUGUCCCCAGCUAGGGCAACCUACUUGCCUCUAACAUGUGCAGCUGUGUACAUGAGAACAUGCAAGCUGUUUGCUGAGCAGCAACUUAUUUUUGAAAAUGUGUUGUUCCUGUGACUUAGUAAAAUUCAGAAGUUACUACUGUGUGGACCAAGGUUUCCUUUUCAUAAGAAUAGUGUUGGCAGUCUGCCCUGAUAUGCGCUUGCAGUUCUGAAACUAAAAUUCUUCCCUUUGGUCUUUAGAGUAAUCCAUUGGAGUAGAUAGUAAAUCAAAACUAUGUUUUGAGGAUUUAUCCAAUUCCCCAGAUCAAAAUCAGCUCAAAGAUGUGCUGGCCAUGGCUUUCAUCAAGAGACCUUGAGUGAGGGCGCCAGGAAUUGUGUUAGACUUAGUUUAUAUCUUGCUAGUCGUUUCUUAUGAUAGAAAUACCCUUCUGUCAUUGGAACAGGGAGGCCAAUUUUUGCCAGUUCCCUCUUCCCACUGCAGACCUCCACUUUGCCCCUAGUGCUGUUCACGGAGGCAUUCUACUUCCCCCAGAACAACAGUUCAGAAGGGGUAGUAAGAAAAUCCUGCCCCAUGAGCUCUACUACCAGAUCUCAUUGGAAACAAGGUCCAGAUGUCCCCAAGGUGGAAUCCUUGGGGUUUUAUGAAGGGAAGUGCUAGGUUAAGGUUGCACUUGGAGGGAACUGUGAAAUAGCUAUUACCAAAAUUAAAGUUGGAAAGUUGCUCUUUGAGACCGAAUAAACAGUACAUAUACAGAAGCGCUUAGGAAGAAGUAUUCAGAUAAAAAUGUUAUGUGCUUGGCAUUCUAAAUGGGGACAGGAAAGAACCCUGUUGAGUAAAUCCCCCUCACAGUUCAUUGUGCAUUAAAGUGCAGCUUUGGGUUUUGCUAAAUCAAAGAGUGCGGAAAUACACCCCUUUCUUGGUAAUUUUAGACCUACUUAUUGUUCCUUUGUUUGGAAUGUUGUUUUUAUAGGUGUUCCUUUUUAAUGAAGGAUAGGUUUCACUUUGUAAAGGGGACAUCCUGUCUCUUUAGAAAGGUAUCAAAAGCCUGGCUCCCCCUGUGGAGACUUUGGAAAUUGUGCAAAAUCAUAGUAUUUAAUUCAAGAAGGGGAUACAUGUUAGGAUUUUCCCCCUUUUCAUUGCAUUUUAAUCAUCAAGUACAGCACUUCUUUCCUGACCCUGAUCUUGGUGACUUUUGUUCAUGGCACACAGAUUUACUGAUGCUUCUCAGACUGUUUUCAUGGUCACCUUGGUCUCCCCCUCAUGCUUCCCAAGAAUGCCUUUGCACAGACUAUAAUACCUGCCUUGUAUAUGCCAGGUUCUCUGUAGAUUGAUGCUUCUUCUCAGGGGCUGGUCUGAAAAGUGUCCUGCCUCAUUCCUACAGAACUGGCUGUUCAGAAAGAGCAUUCCCAGACAUCCUAGCUCAUACAAAACCAGCUCCUUGUGAAUGUAUCCUUGCUCAAAUUUUAGGUGUGCUAUUAAAAAACAACAACACGUUGAGUUGUCUUUUUUCUUUGAACCAGAUAGUGAUGUGUCUAAUGAUAAAAAAGAACACCACUCAGUGCUACCAAUAUUUGGGGGGGAGGUAUCAGAUGCAAAUAAGCACACUUGUUAAAGGAUUGUUGUGGUGGGGUUGGGUAACUGGGAAGACUCGCAACCUAUUCUUUAAUCAGUAGAAUCGAGACAACAACUAGGAUUAGGAUGAGCGGGUGGGUACUUUUUUUAAAAAAAGUGGUGUGAUCUCUUGUAUUCACUUUUGUAUUUUUCCUUCCUUCAAAUUAAAUAACUAUAACCAAAUUGGCAGCAGCUGCUUUAUGUAAAUGUAUGCAAAACUAAUUUCAGCAGUUUGGAAAGUAAUCAGAAGUACCAAGGGACUAUUACUUUUUCCUGUGUAUAUAUUGCCAUAUCUAUUUGCAUUUUAAUUCACUUUGCAUUCACGUUUGGUAAAAUGCUUUCCCCUCAUUGUUCAUGUUCUUGUAUAUGAUUCAACACUCCUUUCAGGACUACUUCAUUGCUGGAGCUUCCAACAAGUAUAUGUUCAUUGAAAAUGGUCCUGCUGUUUAAUUUUCUUUUGUAAAUAGUUUUGUAUUGAAUCUGCAUGGAUAAGACCCACAUGUCCAAAACUGAUGUACAUAUUCUAUGUAUAAAAUUCAAACUCUUUCAUAAUU